CCAUCUCACUCUCCCCUUUCCCCCCCUUACUUUCGUUCUCUGUAUCUCUUUUGUUUUUUUUUUAUUAAAUCAGAUUUUUAGAUAAUGCGUGAGCAGUGACCCCCCGAACGGAAGUAAAAGCAGCAGCAUAACUGGUAUCGCACGUUGCGCAACUUUGAUCGCGUUUAUAUAGUUUAUGUAUCGCGAUUUUUUGGAAAAAAAAACAACGUGACAAAUACUAUAGAGAUAAGAGAUAAGAGAUAAAAGUUGUAAGGGAAAAAAAUUGAAAUUGUUAGUAAUACAAUGGAUUCGGUAGGGCGUGCGGUGGUUCGCGCGACUUUUGUUUGUUUUUUGGCUCUUUUUGUGGGAAUCGAUGCCGCUGAAGGAAAUAGUGCCAUGCUCUAUCUGUCCCAGUUCGGUUACUUGGGCCCAGUGAAAGCCAAUUCCAGUCAAUUGUUGGACGAGAGUAGCUUUAAGAAAGCGGUGGAGGAUUUUCAGAAUUUUGCCGGAUUAGAUGUCACAGGCGAAUUGGACGAUAAGACUUUGGAAACUAUGGCCUUACCCAGAUGCGGUGUAAAAGACAAGGUGGGCACGGGGGACAAUAGGGCCAAAAGAUACGCCCUUCAAGGCAGCAGAUGGAAAGUGAAAAACUUGAGCUACAAAAUUUCAAAAUACCCGCCGAAACUGAAGAGGAAAGACGUGGACGAGGAGGUGCAACGAGCGUUCAACGUAUGGACCGACUAUACCGAUCUCACUUUCACCCCCAAAACCGGACAGGUCCACAUCGAGAUCCGUUUCGAGAGUGGGGAGCAUGGAGACGGCGAUCCCUUCGAUGGACCGGGAGGCACUUUGGCCCACGCCUAUUUUCCUCCACCCGAUCAGUAUCAGCACUCACACUUAACCUCCUCACCACCACUCACACACCAAUACCCGUGGUACACUCACACCACCAGACAUCAGAAUCACCUCACCGGUUUGGGUAUGUCACACGCAUACGUCAAUCCCUGGCUUACCUUCGGGAAUCCCUGGUUCACGGUUGGUCGGGUUAAUCCCGGUUACACGCCAUAUACGCCGCAACUGCCUGGGAAAGUUUUCGGUGGCGACGCCCAUUUUGACGCAUCCGAAAGCUGGACGAUCGACAGCUACAGAGGUACAAACCUGUUCCAAGUGGCAGCCCACGAGUUCGGACACUCACUGGGUCUGAGCCACAGUGACGUGAGGAGUGCCCUUAUGGCGCCGUUUUAUAGAGGCUACAAUCCGGCUUUCACCCUGGAUCAGGACGACGUGGACGGGAUCCAGGCUUUGUACGGUAAAAAGACCACCAAGAAUACCCCCUCGGUGGAUUCUGAUGAUGCCGGCGACGAGAGUCACGACGUGCCGAAGAAAGUGCCCGGGCCAGAUAGUGGAUCUGCUCCGGACGCUUCCCUAUGCAAGGAUCCGUCUUUCGAUACGAUUUUCAACUCUGCCGAGGGAUACACGUACAUUUUUAAAGGGGAUAAGUACUGGAGGCUUACCGAGGAAAGUGUGGCGCCUGGGUAUCCCAAGUUGAUUUCGGAGGGAUGGCCUGGACUCACUGGGAAUAUCGAUGCCGCUUUCACGUAUAAAAAUGGCAAGAGUUACUUCUUUAAGGGAUCCAAGUACUGGCGCUACAAGGGUCGUAAAAUGGACGGCGACUACCCCAAAGAGAUCAGCGAAGGGUUCACCGGUAUCCCGAACAACCUGGACACCGCAAUGGUCUGGAGCGGUAACGGUAAGAUCUACUUCUUCAAAGGCAGCAAGUUCUGGAGAUUCGACCCGUCACAACGUCCCCCCGUGAAGAGCACUUACCCCAAACCCACCUCCAAUUGGGAGGGCGUGCCUGAGAAUAUGGACGCCGCCUUCCAAUGGACCAACGGGUACACUUACUUUUAUAAGGGUGGCGCUUACUAUAGGUUUAACGAUCGAGCUUUCGCCGUUGAUCAAACGGUACCGGCCUUCCCACGUUCGACCGCUUUUUGGUGGUUCGGUUGUAAGGACGCCCCCCAAGGCACCAUCGGCACAAGUGAGUCUAGAGGAUGGUUACAAGGUGAGGAGGGCAGUACCUCACCUUUCGACGAACAAAACGGAGGAUACGAUAUGGACGCAGGUGUUUACCAUGAGGAUUCUCCGGCAGACCCUCCUCUAGGUCCCAACCAUCUAAAAAGCGACAACGCUGGACAAAGUAGUUCCUCAAUCAACCUGUCAACGGUCUACCACUUGGUACCAACACUGGUGGCCACCCUGGCCGCCAGGUGGCUCUUUAGGCUUACUUAGGAUUUUUCAAUUUUUUCUCUGUUAUUCGUUUUAUAAACGACGGAAUUUGUGUGCGCGUGUUUCUUGAGGAAGUGACGACGUAUUUUAUGCAGGUUUGCCACCCUGUAUAUUUUUUUUUAUAUAUACAUAUAUACAUAACCUAAUAAUAAGACGACAUUACUGCCGUGCCCUCCACCAUCACCUCCUCACUUAAUUCUAAUUGUGAUAGCUUUAAAGGUUACGAGGCAAUAUUAAUUUUUUUUUUUUUAGUUGUUAAGGUUUAAUAAUUGUUUGUCAAAUUGUAUUUAUUUUGUUUUAUAUUUAUGGACCAAAAAUAUGUUAUAAUGAUUAAAACGAGCGUUUGUAGGUUUAUCAGUAUAAUAUAGUUGAUUGCCAGUUAGGGUUAGUUAAUAUUUUGUACAGCAGAA